UCACCGUUGAGGCCCCGGGUCCACCUGAGUACACACCCACCGCUCGCUCUCUCUCUCUCUCUCUCUCUCUCUCACACCACGGCAGCAUCUUCGAAGAAGAAUCUUUUUGUCCUCCAGCAGGAUCCGAAAUUUCCACGCUGCGAUUCGGGGUUGAAUCUCGCAGGCACCUUGUGAGCCCUUCAUCUCUUGCUUGCUUGCUUGGAGUCUGGUAGUUGUUUCUGCUUGCUGUUUGAGUGAGGCUCGAGCGAGGGUUCAGCUUUCUGUGGGGUUGCCGGGAGCUCGUCGCAGAGCUUCGUGCAGCUAUGGUGUUUGCAGAAAAGCGCACUUCCAUGGUGCCGGAGUUUCUUUACUCCACCAAGACCGCCAGGAGUGGCAUUUCUGCUCCUAAGUCUUUGUUCCAAGCUUUGACGGCGGAAGCCAGCAGCAAUGCCGCUCCCGCUUACACGGCCUCGAGCCUGUUCAAGCAGGUGGCGGGCGCCGCGAGAACCCCCGCCGGGGUGGCGUCGCCAUUCAUGGUGCCGUCCGCGAGCGAGCGCAAGAUUGUCAUGUUCUCGGGUGAGUACUACCGCGCUUGCGCUGUAGGAGGGAUGCUGUGCUGCGGGCUGACGCACAUGGGAGUGACGCCCAUCGACGUGGUGAAGUGCAACAUGCAGAUCGCCCCGGAGAAGUACAAGUCGAUCUCGGGAGGGUUUUCGUUGAUCGUGAAGGAGCACGGGGUGGUGGGUCUGUUCCGAGGGUGGGUGCCUACGCUGCUUGGGUACAGUGUGCAGGGUGCUUGCAAGUACGGGUUCUACGAGUACUUUAAGAAGACAUACUCGGACAUGGCCGGGCCGGAGAACGCCAAGAAGUACAAGACGGUGAUCUACUUGGCAGGGUCUGCGUCCGCGGAGGUGAUUGCGGAUGUGGGGUUGUGCGCAUUCGAGGCCGUGAAGGUGAGAGUGCAGACGAACCCGGGAUUCGCGAAGGGACUGAGCGACGGGAUGCCGAAGCUGAUUGCGUCGGACGGUGUGAAGGGGCUGUUCAAGGGUUUGGUGCCAUUGUGGGGACGGCAGAUCCCGUACACGAUGAUGAAGUUCGCUACGUUCGAGAGCACGGUGGAGGCGAUCUACAAGUACGCGGUGCCAGUGCCGAAGAGCGAGGUGUCGUCGAGCUCACAGUUGGGUAUCUCGUUCACGGCGGGAUACAUUGCGGGAGUGGCUUGCGCCAUCAUUUCGCACCCGGCGGACAACUUGGUGUCGUUCCUGAACAAGUCGAAGGAUGCGACGGUGAAGCAGGCGAUUGACCAGAUGGGGUUGAAGGCGUUGUUCACCCGGGGGCUGCCAUUGCGUAUUAUCAUGAUCGGUACAUUGACGGGAGCACAGUGGGGUAUCUACGAUUCGUUCAAGGUGUUCGUGGGUCUGCCAACGACCGGUGGUGUGGUUGAGGAGCCUAAGAAGGAGUAGAGGGUUGAGUUGAAGUUUUUUUUUUUUUUUUUUUUUUUCUUUCUUUUCUUCUUCCUAUCUUGGGGGUAGCCAUGAGACAUUGAGGAGCCAUUUGUGCAAAUUCAGGCGGGACGUAUUGUUACCAUGUUACUUAGGGGAGGGGGUGGCUGAUUGGAAUGAAUUUGUUAGUGUAGGAGGACGUGUGGAAGUUACGGAGAUUUUAUCUUCUUUUGUUACACUCCUCGGGGAUAGCCUUGGCCAAUAUAGGUGACCAUUUUGGAUUAGAUCUUUUAAGAUGUUAUUCUUCAUUCAUGAUGCUAUCAUGUUGAUGAUAAUUCAUUGCAUUUAUUCAUAAUUAGGAAACAAAUUGGAACUCGUUGAAUUGCAGACUAUUCAUGUGCGAAACCUCGCGGGCUCUGUAAACUUCCGCAAUUUGCAUCGUGAUUUUAAUUUGAGAUAUUUUACGCGCUUUUUCA